AUGACGGGAGACAGAGGUUUCUCCGGGAAGAAGGGCGAGGGGCUCACCAUCAAGCAAUUUGAGCUGAUGGUGAAGGGCAGCUUGGAGCAGAGGUUCAAGAAGCUGCAGAAGGAUGUGGGCAACCCGCUGGAGGGGGCAGAGUUUGCAGGGCGGUAUUGCAUCUUCUUGGGAGAGUUUCUGGAUAACCCUGCCAGGCUUGCUCAUGAGAGGGAGUACGAGGCCCACUGCAGGACGUCAGACCCGGUGGGCGCGCUCUUAGCGUCGCUGAGGCGGCACUUUGAGGACCACAAGGAGGGGAAGGCUCAUGAGUGGGUGCAGUUCAGGCGGGAGUCAGGCGAGGACCUGCCGUCGCUGCUGUUCAGGCUGCAGGGCUUGGCUCUGGAUUUGGGCCAGCCGCUUGGGGACCAGGAGUUGGUGACCAAGUUUGUGACAUGCCUUGACAGGCGGCUAGCUGAGCAAACGAACUUGCAGGCGAUGGCGGGGACGGCUCAGGCUGGAGGGGCAUAUACACUAGACGAGGCGUAUGAGGCGGCGCUGCGGGUGACAGCGAUGAAUGCGCGGCUGAAGAUAGCGCGUGAGCAAGUGCCCAGGAUUUCCGAGGCUAGCAGAGCCCGGGGAGGUGGUAGGCCUGUGGCAGCACUUGCGGCGCCGGCGGUGGUCGAGAGAAGGGUGCGGCAGCCCGUGUCAAAGGUGGUGGCCGUCGACACUGAGGGGCUGCGCAUUGUUUCCGCCGCAGAGUUUGCGGAGUUCCUGGCUUGGAAGGCGGAGCUGCAGGCAAUUGCUGCUGAAGGCGCGGGCGCUGGUGAGGGCGCGGAAGAGGAAGGGUCGGAGUAUGACGACCAGGAGUACGAGCUCAGCUCGUUGGCGCUGCCGGAGGGGAGAGUGAUGCAAGUGACAUGCUGUGGUGCCGACAUGAUCUAG